AUGGGAAAUGUCCUCAACGAAGCAGAAACAGAGCGUCCACUGAUACAGUCAACGCCACCCUCUCUCUCUCUGUUCCAACGAACAUGUUCCGAAUCCAGGAAACUCUGCCACAUAGCUGCACCCUCCAUCUUCAGCCGCCUCGCCAUGUUCUCCAUCACCGUCGUCACCCAGUCCUUCGCCGGCCACCUCGGUGACCUCGAUCUCGCCGCCAUCUCCAUUGCCUGCACCGUUCUCAUCUCCAUUACCUUCGGCUUCUUGCUGGGUAUGGCGAGUGCGCUUGAGACACUCUGCGGGCAAGCUUACGGCGCGGGACAGCAGCACAUGUUGGGCAUUUACUUACAACGUUCGUGGGUGGUUCUAUUUAUGUCAUCCGUUUUAAUGUUGCCCAUGUUCUUGUUCGCCACGCCUCUAUUGAAGUUCAUAGGACAACCCGAUGCGGUGGCGGAGCAAGCGGGUGUGGUGGCCUUUUGGUUGAUACCGUUUCACUUGAGCUUCCCGUUUCAGUUCACGCUGCAGAGGUUCUUGCAGUGCCAGCUGAAGACCGCUAUCAUAGCCUGGGUUUCUGGGGGAGCUCUUGCCAUCCAUGUGCUAGUGAGUUGGGUUUUUGUCGAGAAGAUGAGAAUUGGGAUUGUUGGAACUGCACUAACCAUUGGUUUCUCCUGGUGGCUCUCGGUUUUGGGAUUGCUUGGGUAUACCAUCUUUGGUGGGUGUCCUCAUUCUUGGACUGGUUUUUCUGCUGAAGCUUUUGUUGGCCUGUGGGAGUUCUUCAAACUCUCUUUCGCUUCUGGGGUCAUGGUUGCGUUAGAGAACUUUUAUUACAGACUUUUGCUUAUAGUGUCUGGGUAUAUGCACAACACUGAGAUUGCGAUCGAUGCUCUUUCCGUCUGUGUAACUAUAUAUGGUUGGGAAUCAAUGAUACCGCUUGCAUUUUUGGCUGCAACCGGGGUGCGUGUAGCAAACGAGCUUGGCGCAGGCAAUGCAGAAGGGGCAAAAUUUGCCACUGUUGUUUCAGUGGUAAAUACUGUGUUAGUGGGAUUUAUAUUUUGGUUGAUAAUUGUGGUCUUCAAUGAGCAGCUUGCGUUGAUCUUUACGUCGAGCUCGUCUGUUAUCCAAAUGGUCAAUGAGCUGGCAAUCUUGUUAGCCUUUACUAUCCUUCUUAAUUGCAUUCAACCAGUUCUUUCAGGGGUAGCAGUUGGAUGUGGUUCGCAAGCUGUGGUGGCUUAUAUAAACGUUGGUAGUUACUACUUGGUUGGAAUACCUCUCGGGAUUCUCCUAGGCUCGUUGCUACCUUCGGGUAUUGUUGGUAUGUGGACUGGAAUGAUGAGUGGAACGGUGGUUCAAACAUUGAUCUUGACUUUGAUCACGAUGAGAUAUGAUUGGGACAAAGAGGUACGAAAAGCCCAGGUUCUUAUUAUAGAGGAGGCAUCGCCCAACAGAUAA